UGAUUCGCUGCCGCUGUGUUCUCAUCGAGUCACGCUGAUACUUAAAACGUGAGAAGCAGUUUUAGAAGAAGUAAUCAGGAAGGUUUUUUUUUUCUCUUUAUAAAAAAAUAAUGUAAUCUAUUCGAUUCGAUGUAUUCUCCUACUCUUAUCUAUUCGGGAUAAAAAAAAGUGUGAUAGUUCUAAUCAAUACCGGCGAAUUGAUUUAUGUAUUAUGCAUUUCAUCGUGCGAAACGAAGUGGAUUGGUGAGAAUAAUGUAAAGACACGGGUACAUUAAAGUCACGGAGCAUGAAGAUCCCAAUUUAGUGUUCUGAAUGUGUGGAUUGUGCGGUCGUAAUUCUGGCUUUGAUUUGUUUUGGUUUUUGUUGAGGUUUUUAAAAAAUUCAUUUAGUGACCUGGCCACUUAGAUGUCUACAUAGUGACGUGGCCACAUAAUUAAUUUAAAACAAUUACCGACCUGGCCACCUGAAAUGGACUACUGGCCUGGCCACUUAAUUGAUUUGGCUACUGCAGCAUUAUCUUGUGCGUGGCCUUUAUCAAGCUUGUGAGACCUAGUUGUGACAAAGUUGAGCGAAGAGCAUGUCUGCUAGACAUGUUGUGUGAUUUCUAAGUGACCUGCUGUUAGGACGUGGGGUUUUUUUCUCCCUUCUUCCUUGGAGUAUAUUACAGUGGAACAGCUUCGCCAUGAAUAAAAGGAAAGGAUACCAGAAGCUCAAGGUGAGCAUCGAGACUCACGAGGCCGACAUCCAGUACAGUCCGCUUCAGACCAACCCACAGAUUCUUGCUGAGGCCGUGACAUCUGGUGACGCUCCAGUCAUGGUCAAGGACAUUCAGGAGGCCGCGCCUCUCAUCGAAGGAGGCGAUGCGAAGGAGGAGAGUGUCGAGGUGCUGGUGGCUGUGGAGGGCAUGACAUGCAUGUCAUGCGUGCGAAAUAUUGAGGGAAAUGUUUCCAAGCAGGCUGGUGUUAAAAGCAUCUCUGUAUCACUGGAGAAGAAACUUGCUCGUCUUCUCAUCGAUGUCUCUAAGAUCUCACCGGCGGACGCGGCAGAAGCUAUUGAUGAUAUGGGUUUUGAUGCGACACUCAUUUCCCCUCUGACACCUAGUACACCACAGACGAACAAUGCAAGAACUCGCAUCUCUGUAGAAGGGAUGACUUGCCAGUCAUGUGUGCGAAAUAUUGAGGGUAACAUAGCCACAAAACCAGGCAUAGUAAGCAUAACCGUCAGCCUCACAGACAAAGAGGCUCUAGUAACCUUUAACCCAUCCCUCACUGACCCAGAAGCAAUAGCGGAGCAAAUUGAUGACAUGGGAUUUGAUGCAGCUGUUGCUGCGGAUAAUGGCGGGGAGCCUUCAGUUGGAAGCUUUGUAAAUCUUAUCGGAGUCAACGGCAGCAGCAGUGUGCCUAAGUCCACACAGACCGCAGUGGUCAACAUUUACGGCAUGACUUGCAAUUCGUGCGUGAAAAAUAUCGAGGGUAACAUUGGUCCGAAACCGGGCGUGAAGGAGAUCAGAGUGUCUCUGGCUGACCAGAACGGUGUCAUUGAGUACUUUCCUGACACGGUCACCCCUGCACAGCUGGUGGAGAUGAUCGAUGACAUGGGAUUUGAUGCAUCGCUGUCAACAGCUUCUGCAAAGCCUUCACCAUCUAAAUCUACAAAGGUCAAAGUGCAUUUAGCGCGUUCUAUCAGUGACAAUGAAUUGGUGUCACCUGUUGCAGCUGACACCGACGACGUCGCCAAGUGCCACAUCAACAUCAGCGGCAUGACAUGUGCCUCCUGUGUGGCGACUAUAGAGAAGAACAUGAUGAAACUGGAAGGUAUAAAAAAUGUUCUGGUAUCGCUGAUGGCUCAAAGGGCAGAGGUGACUUUUGACCCAGCCUACAUCCUCCCGAGUCAAAUUGCCAAUAAAAUUGAAGAACUUGGAUUCGCUGCCUCUGUGGCUGAAGGGGAAUCCUUGGGCAAAGGUUUGGUGGAGCUAACAAUCAGUGGCAUGACAUGCUCUUCUUGUGUCAACCACAUUGAGUCUCACCUCAAGAGAAAACCAGGAAUCUUGUCGGCAUCUGUUGCCUUGGCAACCUCCACAGGGAAAUUUACCUUUGACUCUGAGGCUACGGGAGUAAGAGACAUAAUAGAAGCUAUCAAAGAUUUAGGCUUUGAUGCUCAUCUCAAGUCAGAUGACAAUGAAAAGGCAUCACGUUAUGACCACAGGGAUGAUAUCAAGAGAUGGCGCACAUCAUUUCUGUGGUCUCUCAUUUUUGGACUGCCUUCCAUGAUCGCCAUGAUCUACUUCAUGUUUGGAGUCAGCGGAGACGGCGGCCAUGCAGGGAUGAACCAUACCAACUCCUCUGGUCCGAAGAAAGGGGGCAGCCACAUUCACUACCACCAGAUCAUGGUCAUGCCGGGGCUCGAUGUGCUGAACUUGAUCAUGUUUUUAUUGGCCACGCCAGUGCAGUUUGUUGGAGGCCGUUACUUCUACAGUCAAGCUUUCAAAGCCAUGAAGCACGGUGCCACCAACAUGGAUGUCCUGGUUGUCAUGGCGACCUCCAUAUCGUACAUCUACUCCACUGCAGUUGUGGUUGCUGCCAUGGCUAUGCGGGAAGAUUUCAGCCCAGUGACAUUUUUUGAAACAACACCCAUGCUCAUGGUCUUCAUCUCUCUUGGGCGUUGGCUGGAGCACAUUGCGAAGGGAAAGACCAGCGAGGCUUUGGCGAAACUGAUCUCCUUACAGCCAUCAGAGGCUGUGCUGGUGGACGUGGACAAGAAGUUCCAGAUUCAGUCUGAGCGGGUUAUCAACCUUGACCUUGUGCAGCGCGGCGAUGUACUCAAGGUAGUGCCUGGCGGGAAGAUUCCGGUGGACGCGAAGGUCGUGUUUGGUCACUCGUCUUGUGAUGAGUCGCUCAUCACGGGAGAGAGCAUGCCCGUCCCCAAGAAUGUCGGAUCAUCUGUCAUUGGUGGCAGCAUCAACCAGAAUGGAAUGCUGCUGGUGGAAGCAACCUAUGUGGGAGCCGACACAACGCUCAGCCAGAUUGUCAAACUAGUGGAGGAAGCACAGACCUCCAAGGCCCCCAUUCAGAACCUGGCUGACAAAAUCGCAGGCUACUUUGUGCCGGUGGUAUCCCUCCUGUCCCUGACCACAUUGGUGACUUGGGUCAUUGUCGGCUACUCUGAUGUAACACUGUUGGAUUCGGACUUUGAUCCCACUGGACCCACCCCAGCCUCGGAGAUCAUCUUCCAGAAAGCGUUCCAGUACGCCAUCACUGUGCUAAGCAUUGCCUGUCCCUGUGCCCUCGGACUGGCCACUCCCACAGCGGUCAUGGUGGGCACGGGGGUCGGAGCUGUCAAUGGAAUCCUCAUCAAGGGAGGAGAACCACUGGAGCUCACACAUAAGCUUCAAACCGUCGUAUUUGACAAAACUGGAACAGUGACACACGGCGUACCGCGAGUCUCACGAGUGUCCAUGUUUGUCAGGGACUCCACCUGCUCCUUCAUCAAGUUCCUGGCUAUUGCUGGCACCGCUGAGACGAGCAGCGAGCAUCCUAUUGCCUCGGCCAUCCUCAAAUAUGUCAAAGAGACUCUCGGUGCUGAGAGCAUGGGCAAAGUGUCCGAGUUCUCUGCCGUCCCAGGCUGUGGCAUCAAGUGCAAGGUGUCACACAUUGAAGGCUUACUCUCUCGCACCGACUCGAACGCCGUCAACAGCCGCAAGAACAGGGCCGGCAGUCAGACCAUCAGGACAGACAAUCUGGUCUAUGGAGAGCAGGACUCGGGAACCAACUUUGAUAUGCCAAUUGGUGCCGCGGCUAGUGAGAGUUAUGAAGUGUUGAUUGGGAAUCGUGAGUGGAUGAAUCGAAAUGGGCUGAUCGUCACCAACACUAUGGAUGAUGUAAUGACAGAGCAUGAGAUGCAGGGCCAUACAGCCGUUCUGUGUGCUGUUGACGGUAACGUUGUGGGCAUGCUUGCUGUGGCUGACACAGUCAAGUCUGAGGCUCACUUGGCUGUUCAUGAACUACGCAAGAUGGGCCUAGAGGUCAUCCUCCUCACAGGGGACAAUCAGAAGACAGCCAGGGCUAUUGCCAAGCAGGUGGGCAUCAGCAAAGUCUUCGCAGAGGUGCUGCCCUCCCACAAAGUGAAGAAGAUCAAGCAUCUCCAGGCCAUGGGCCUCAAGGUGGCAAUGGUGGGUGACGGGGUCAACGACUCGCCGGCCCUGGCUCAGGCGGACGUGGGAAUCGCCAUCGGCACGGGAACAGAUGUGGCCGUGGAGGCAGCAGACAUCGUCCUCAUCAAGAAUGACUUGUUGGACGUAUAUGCCGCGAUUAAAUUGUCAAAGAAAACGGUGAGGCGGAUACAGCUCAACUUUCUGUCUGCAUGCAUCUACAACAUCCUGGGGAUACCCAUUGCUGCAGGUGUUUUCACGCCCCUGGGAAUCUCGCUCCGGCCCUGGAUGGCUUCAGCUGCCAUGGCAAUGUCUUCAGUGUCAGUGGUCAGUGCGUCGCUGCUUCUGAGAACCUUCCGAAAACCCAAAAAAGAAGAUCUACUUACCCAGGAAUACUACAACCGCUACUAUCAGGACCAAGAUACCGACGAUAUCUCGAUGCACAGAGGGGACGACUGGGAAACUUCGCGGCCGACAGCGAGAGCGCACAGCGGGAACUCCCGAUGGAGCUGGCUCAAAGUCACGUCGACGUCGCACCCGCCCACCCCCGACCAGCGCAGUCUCCUGGACAAUGUGGACGAGGCGGAGAUUGAGAUGACGUAGGGAAUAUAUAUAUGCAAGUAUUGUGCACGUUGUUGAGAAUGAUUUCCUUGGCAUCGGUCUGUUAGAAACUGAAUAUAUAUUAUAUAUAUAUUAUAUUACCCUGCUCCCCCAAAAGGCAUGAAGAAAGUGCAUGUUCUUGUGUCAAAAUGUGUACUGGUGCAAGGAUUCCAAAUCCCAAGUCUUUCGGUUUUUAAAUCAUCCUUUCGUCUCUAUUAUUGAAGUAUUUUCUUUGCUAGUAGGGGCCAUGUGCAUCUGCAGCAUUUUAUUAAAUUUUGAUUUAAAUAUUUUUUCAGCAGUUCCAAGGUUUGAAUAUGUCAUCCUGUAAAGCUACAGUUUCAUUUUGAAAGAUAAAGCAGUAUGUAUUGUUACAAAUAGAGAGUGUUUAUUCUGAGCUAACUCUUUUACUUUUACAUAGCUCUCUUUCAGAUCAUCGGAGGAAAAUCUAAAGAUUUGUCCCUGUGUGCUUAUGCCUCAUGCAUCUGUUAUCAUAGUUUGAAGUCAGUGUGGCCAUAUCCAUGUUAAUAUUAUAUAAUAUAGCGUGUUACAUAUUAUAUAUCUGUUGUAAUGUGCAUUUGUCUUGAAACGAACUCUGAUGAAAUUAUUUUUCUAACCUAGUGAUGCCUUUUUGUUUCUCCUGGUGGUGAUUUCUACGGUUUGAUCGGUGGAGAUUUCUGUUUCCCCCUCUUGAUUGUUAUGUUGAUUUUCGUAGCCAUGUCCUUUUUCAACACUGUGUCACUCCUGUAUUUGAGAGAACAUUAUGUCACUUGCAGAAUGCAGGUCUAGCUUGUUUUACUUAUGAUCACAGUUCUUGAGAAAAGGGAUGUCCGUCACUGAACCAAGGCAACUUUUGUGUGUUUGUUACUCUCUUGUAACACCUCUAAACUUCGGCACUUAUAUGACCUUAUUGUGUUGCAAGUGCCAUAAAACUCUUACUAAAACUUAAACAGAACCAAGGCAAUAAGAAAAGAGUCAUCUGUAGGACCUAAGUAGUUUGGCCUUAGACCAGAAACUGUGGGUGUGAGUGAGGGGAGUUUGGAAUGAAUUGAGUUUAGCAAGGAAUUAGCAAAGAGGAGGAAGGUCACUGAGGUCCUCUUGUUCCUCUGACCGAAAAGAAUUUAAAUACAGGUUUGUUCUGUAACUUUUAGCAUUAAUCCUUGGGAAGUAUGUUGUCAGCAAGCUCAUCAACUGUUGUAAGUCCAGAAAACAAAAUUUUUCAGGAGAGAGGAAAAGCUGGAUAAUACAAAAAAACAACAAAAGAAUUGUAACCAUUCUAUGUAUUUUUUUUCCUUUUUGUAACAUUAAUAAUUUGACUUUCAACAAAAUGUAUGAAUUGGCCUCAAGCAAUCUAUACCACAGAUUAAGAAACUGCAAAAAAAAAACACAAAAAACACACAAAAAAUUUUUAAUGUUGGGCUUCGUACAUCUUAACUGCUGGCUGACAAUAUAUGUUUUCUCUGUGUACCUGUGGAAGUAAAAGAUUUGUUUAGAAGCUUUUGCCCUUAUGCUCAAGUAUUUUGAUGGGGUAAAGACCUGCCUUUGGAGGAGAGACUGUGCUCUCAGUUAAUUAAUUCCGUAGUUUUAUGAGCAGUUACUGCUCAGCAUCACAUUUUUGCAAAGAUCCGUUGUGGAUCUUUCAUAAUCCCCUAUGUCCAGUCUGUCACUUCCCUGAAUUAUACACUUCCACCUUUCCCUUACCACCCUCAAGUUCCUCUCCCAUUUUUUUUCAUGAUAUGUCGUCAAACUUUGGUUGGUAAGCUGUUCAACUGUUCUAAGCCCUGAAAGCAUAAUUGUUUCAAGAUAGAGAAGAAACUGUUUCAUUCUUUUAAAAACUUUACCCAAAUUAUGUAUGUUUUCUUGCUUUUUUUUUUCAAAAAUUAGAAUUUGAAUUUCGACGAAUUAUUUCAGGAGCUUAUGCAACUGAUACUGCAGACUAAGAAACUACAGUGAACAAAAAUUCCAAAUUUUUUGGCUUAGUACACCUGAACAGCUGGCAGAUGUUUUUUAGUUACACGGUUUAUUUAGCUACUGUUUCCUUUUCACAUUAUACUCAUACUCUCUCUUGCUUUGAAUUCCUUAAUACAUAUUAUUGGGUGGGAGAAAUUUCCAGCAGACACAGUUUGAAAGAAUUCACUGUAAAGAAUUAUUCUUGCUUAUACUAUAGCUGUAGCUUAAGUUACAAGAAAUACAUAUGUAUGACACUUAUAAUAACUUAUAUAAGAUAUAAGUGACAGCAGCUUAGAAAGCAUACUUUGAGACUGAAAGAAAAAGACAGACAUACAUUGCUAACACUUUAAGGCACAGCAAGUAACAGAUCAAUGCCUCUCUUUUUGCUUGAGUAGCCUUAUCUCCAGCAGCAUGGAUUCCAUUAAAUUAAACCUGUAAUGUUUGACUGUUUAACAGACGCUGUUCUGGAGAGAAAAGAA